UCGGCCAUGGGAAGGACUAAUUCAUGGCGUUUAGUCCCAAGGUGUGGGAAGGGGUCCGCUUGAACCUGGUUCAGGCGGCCCGAAGCCAGGCCCCAGCUCCGCCAUUCACACCCUCCGAGACUUCUCUGGGAUUCAUUUUCCUUGUCUGUAAAAUGAAGGGGAGGAUAGGACUAAGUGGCCCCUCGGAACUCUCCCAGCUCUAGGUUUUUAAUCCUAUGAGACCUAUCAUUUAUAACCAGACACAAGGGACGGUUUGAGAAAAUGAGGCCCAGGAAAAUGAGACGGGAACAACGUCAAGCAGCUGCUACGGGAAGGACCCACGAGUCCAAGCCAGAUCUUUGGAUUCCCGCUCCGGCACCCAGGAAACGGGAGGAAAGCCAGGCAUCCCGCCUCCGAGCCUUUGCUCACCUCCAUCCCCACCCCCAGCGGUCCGUUUCCCCAGCCAGCCAAUCUGGGGCUGCCGAGCGGAACGAGGCUGGGAAUGCCCAGCCCGAGGCGCUGCGGAGGAGAGACUGGGGCUGGGAGCCGGGGGCGGGGCCCGUGGACCGAAGGGCGGGACAAAGGAUUCGGGCGAGGCCGGGAGGCGGGGCUCUCGGGCCGCUGCCUCAGGGGGCGAUGGUGGAGAGGCCCUUGGAGCACUAUGAGACCCCGGCUCUCCGAGUCUUCUCUAGACAGGUACAACCAUCUUUAGGACGAAGGUGGCCAACUCCCAGGGAAUUCCAGCCCAAACUCUCAAAAGUUCGCCAGGUGAGGAAGGCAGCCACGGAGGGGCAAGGGGCUCGAAAAUGGUCAUCUCCAAUCACAGAGUAUCUAAAGCGUGUCCCAGAGGGCUAUCCCUGUGCCUGCCCGCAGGAGAGUAACCCCAGCAACAGGUCUGGCUACCCACACAACACCCAGAGUGACAACCUUUUUCGGAGGUUCCUGUGGCGAAUAAGAGAGAGAUGGAAACUACUUGGCCUUUUUGAGAUCGACUCCGGACACGAGCAUUAUAAGCUGACGUGCAUGAUUAAGACAGGGCUUCACCAUGCCAUCCAGCUCUCCAUCGACCACCCUUCCAGGCAACCCCUAAAGGAGGAAGAUUAUUCGUCUGUAGUGACCCAGACCCAUGAGGGCUUUGAAAUGGACACCAUGGCAGGUCCUGUCUUUGCUCACCUUCGACACUUUCUGGGCCUGGCAGAAAAGGAUUACCAGAACUCCUUGAGUUCCAAAAGCUGCUUCCUACAGUUCAUCAGUAACUCCAAGAGCAAAGCAAACUUCUUCCUGACACAUGACAAGCGUUUCUUCCUGAAGACCCAAGAAAAGCGAGAGAUCCAAUUCCUGCUCUCCAAACUGGCCCUCUACAUUCAUCACCUCCACGAAUACCCCCAUUCCCUGCUUGUCAAGUUUCUGGGGAUCCACAGCAUCAAAGUGGCCCAGGGAAAGAAGAAAUACUUCAUCAUCAUGCAGAGUGUCUUCUACCCUGAUGAGCGAAUUUCUGAAAGGUAUGACAUUAAGGGGUGCCAAGUGAACCGCUGGACAGAACCUCUGCUUUCAGAGAGCCAAAUUAUCGUGGUGCUAAAGGAUCUCAACUUUGAGGGACACACCAUCUCUCUGGGGUCCCACCGGAGCUGGUUUCUCAAGCAGAUAGAGCUGGACACAGCUUUCCUGCGUGACCUCAACGUUCUGGACUACAGCCUCCUGGUAGCCUUUCAGAAGCUCCACUCAGACGAGAAGCAACAAAGCAAGAAUAUUUUGACUCGUAUAGCCAGGUCUGUGCACGGGGCGUGGGGCGAGGCCUCCACGGUGCCCUACCUGGCUCCCGAGGCGGUGACCAAGCGCCUGAAGACCGACCACCCCUCCACCAAGAGGGGCUCCUACAACCUGCUGGCCCACAACUGCCGGCUGCUGCCCGACGCGCACAACGCCCUGCACACGCUGGACGGCCCCGAGCACCGCUACUUCAUCGGGAUCAUAGACUUCUUCACCGUCUACAACCUCCGCAAGCGCAUAGAGUUCCUGUGGAAGUCCCUGCUGCAUCCCUCCCAGUCCUUCUCCACCGUCAACCCGGCGCACUACGCCAGCCGCCUCUACCGCUGGGUGGAUGCUCACACGGUGUGACGCGCCUGCGCCCCCCCGCACUGCCGCCGGGGGGCGCCGCCUCCCGACUCCUGUCUCGUCCUCCUGGAACGCCCGGGGAAGGAGAGAACGUAGCGGGAAGAGCCCGGCCCGGACGUUAGGCUACCAGCAGUCCCAGCCCCACCUCUGCCUCUAAUUUACUAUGCUUCCUUCACCUGGG